CCCACUUACCCUUCUCUUGUCGAUGAGCAAGCACACCCAGUCUGUAUCCACAGUCCUACGCAUCCAUCUUGCGCCACCUUUGCCAGAGCGUCGGUUCCUGUUUGUUUGCAAAUCACCAGACGUCAGGCACAUGAAGGAUGAACUGUGCAGCCGACUCAAAAAGAUAGCCACCGAACCUAUCGUCGUUCUCAAGGACGGUUAUGAGCUGAUGGACCAGGAUGAAGUUUCUGAUCUGCUUACGCACAUGGAUCUGGUCAGCGUCCACUUGGCCAGCAACUGCGAGGCUGGGGUGUAUACCGAUACACAGCCACAGGGAACCUUGGCACUAGCCAGCUCGUCAGAAGCCAGCAUGGACGAGCAGGCGAAGCACGCAGGGAUCUCGGCCUGUAGUUCUGUGAAUCCAGGGCCCCGCCAGGUUACAAUCAGCAGCGUUGAGCACGGUGAUCCGGCGAUUGCUAAGCGUAGGAAACCCAACCCGUUUAAGAGCAUGUUCCCUGUCGAGCAGUCGUAUGCGGUUUUAGGACAGCGGCCUGCUAGUGAAGAGGCUGAGUCCAGUUCAGACAGUUCAUCCGAUGCUGAUCCUCCUACGCCGCAGCCACUUGUACGUGCUGGCGAAAUCGCAUCCUACACGACCGCACAGCUCGAGGCGCUGGCUGAAACACCAACCUCCAAGGUCAAUGUCGGAGACACAGUCGCUUUUAUGGUUGCGGAGCUCUCUGCCGAUAUGGCUCCAGUUAUCAGCGACUACAGGAUCGGCCAGGUCACAGGGAAGGCGUACGGAACGAUCUCUAUCUCUACAUUGAGGGAUUUCGCUGAUCGCUCAAUGGGCUCAAAGCGGAGCGGAACCAAACGCCGGCGCAAUCAACUGCUUGUUAAUGCAGAGAGCAGCGGUGAGCUUGACGAGUCAACAAAAUACGACAUUUCGGCGAUUGCGUCGCUGAAGGUCUUGUCUGCACAUACUUAA